CAACUCUAAGUUCGAGCUUAUGUCCGAAGCUUCUUCCUUGCUGAUACCCAAAGAAAACUCUCCAGCUUCAUCAGAAUCAAUGGCAAACAAAUCUCUCACAGGCCUCGAGAGUCUCAUAAAGCUUCUCCCAACAGGAACACUCUUCAUUUACCUCUUACUCAACCCGGUCCUCACAAACGACGGUGAAUGCUCCACAUCUAACAAGGUCAUGUCAAGCAUUCUCGUCGCUCUUUGCAGCUUCUCAUGCGUUUUCUCAUGCUUCACCGAUAGUUUCAAAGGCACGGAUGGGUCAAGAAAGUAUGGUAUAGUCACCAGAAAGGGUCUUUGGACUUACGCUGAUCCAGGAUCCGUGGAUCUGUCUAAGUACAAGCUUAGGAUUGCUGAUUUCGUUCACGCGGGUUUCGUUGUGGCUGUGUUUGGAACGCUUGUGUUGCUUGACGCUAAUACCGCAAGCUGCUUUUAUCCGCGGUUUAGAGAAACUCAAAAGACUUUGGUCAUGGUUUUGCCUGUGGCUGUGGGCGUUGUCUCGGCAGGUAUCUUCGCUAUUUUUCCUAGCAAACGGAAUGGACUCGGGUAUGCUCCAAGUGGUGAGGAGGAGGAGGAGGAGGAGGAGACCAAGAAGGAUUCUGGCUAUGCAUGAAACGUAUAGUUACUUUUGUUGUUUGUGGUCUUGUUCAAUAUUCAUUGUAGAAUAUAAAAGAAAACGAUUGUAUGCUUAAUUUUUUUAAAUGCUUAAAAUUUAUUUAGUUCUUUCGUAAGUUGUGACCAUAAAUGUAUAUUGUAUGGAAUCAUAUAGUAUUUCAGAAUAAAACGACGUUACCAU